UUGAGCCACUGGCCAUGCUCAUACGCUUCCUACCCCUACCUGAAGGGGUUCGACUGUCGAGAACAAGUGGCCGUGGGAAAGUGGAAAAACUCAGUGAACGCUUCUGGAUGGACGUUCCUGGAAGUUGAGACCCAACCAAAUUUCGAUCCCCAGCUCCAAGCGUAUGCGGCUGGAUACCUUGAAGGUGUAUUGUCACGCGAAGUACUUCACUACCAUAUUCAAAACACCGCGGAGGACUACUGUACGAACUUCACGCAGUACUGUAAAAGGAUGAACGAGUUUGUGGGCCAAAAUCAGGACUACAUAAAACAGAAACUUGCGUCGACAUCGAGAGAUGAUAUGUACUGGUCAGCAGUCAACCGGACGUAUCACCAACUCACCGGCUUGAUCGAUGGCUAUGAAGCGCGACCGAUAACUCCAAGAAUCUCCUAUGAAAUGCACCCUAUUUUGUUCAUGAACUGGAAUGGAGAUUUCUAUGAUCUGGAGAAGAAGCUCAACAAAAGUAGAGAUCCUGUCCAAGACCAAUUGGGAGGCCGAUGCUCUGGACUGAUAAAAGUGGCACCGAAUAACACGGAUCUAUUCAUUUCUCAAGUAACUAUGAGUGGAUUCCAGAACAUGCUCAGAGUUCUCAAGCUCUACAAGUUCGGUUAUGAUCGUGAGUUCUUCCCUGGUCAUACUACGUCAAUGGCUUCAUAUCCUGGGCUGUUGUAUUCAUCUGAUGACUUUGCCCUCAUGUCCUCCGGAUUGGCAGUCAUUGAGACGACAAUCAGUGUAUUUAACCUUACACUUUUCGACAAAACCAAAGCUGUGGGGCAACUGCCAACAUGGAUUCGUGCCAUCGUAGCGAACCAAAUGGCUCGCGAUGCCAGAGAGUGGUGCCACCUCUACGCAAAGUACAAUUCGGGAACCUACAAUAACCAAUGGGCUGUGGUUGACUACAACAAAUUCACUCCCAACCAAUCACUUCCAGAAUACGGGCUCCUAUACGUCCUCGAACAAAUGCCAGGCACAAUAGUCUACCAGGAUCUAACAUGGUUCCUCCAGAAAUACUCAUACUUCCCCUCUUACAAUAUCCCAUUCUUCAAGAAAAUCACCGACAUCAGUGGUUUCGUCAAUCAGGUACGUCCCCUCCAAGGAAUACUACGUGGUACAUGCAGUAGGGAGCCAUUAGAACUUCUUAUGUACAACGACUACACAAAGGACGAGUUCUCACGAUGCAACUGCAAUCCGCCUUACUCGGCCGAGGCUGGCAUUUCGGCUCGUGGAGAUCUGAAUCCCGCCAACGGUACCUACGAGUUCCCAGGUCAAGGACAUGUGAAUCACGGUGCACUUGAUUAUAAGGGAACGAAUGUUGCCAUGAUGAAGAAGCUCGAGUUCCGCGCUCAGGGCGGCCCCACGUGGGGAACGGUCCCGCCAUUCCGAUGGAGCACAUUUGACUUUGUGAGUUUGCUAGUCCGUCCAACUUUGAUAGUCUAG